UCAGGCCUUGAACUCAGCCAUGGGCCCCAUACAGUUACAUUAUUGCUGUCUCCACUAAACUCGAGGCACUUAUUGGAGGGAGAUGAAACGUGCGCAUUUUAAAGAACUGGAGCACAGGCUGUAGGCGUCGCCGUGGUGUGCGUGGGACAGGGAGGUACGAAAGCGGGAGGCAGUGAUGGUGCGGGAGUGGCAGGGCUGGUCCCAGCGAGGCAAGGAAGAGGCCAGGCUUGUUCUGGCCUUUCGUGCUGGCACUUGUCCUGGCGUCUUUCUUGUCCCACCCUCAGGCCUGGGUGCCCCCGCGCUCGUAUUUCCCCAUCCAAACCCGCUCGCAGGGCAAAGGCCCUCGUUCAGGAAAACUUCAGUUGUUGCAAAGCAAAGCUCUGAUCUCUCUGGUGUAACGAGCGUGUGUCCUCCGUGGGAUGAUGCCACCAACUGUGAAACAAAGCGCUAUACCCAUAGCGACGUCUUAUUAAAGAGGACAUUCCUGGCACGUUUCCUCGGAGAUGUCAGUUAUAAGCCAGAGUCCUGUGUCAGCAGUGGAAAAUCUGCAUCGCAGAAGGGAAGAAUCAUGUGGCUUCUCUCUGUCCUGUGGCGACGGCAGGAGUGUUUAAAGUGUGUCCGAGGGGAGAGUCACCUUCGGCAUGGUGUCCCUGAGGAGCGAACUGGAGACCUGGCUGCCUGGGCAGUGACAGGGGCGCCGAGAAGGCUCUGCUGCCUAAUUUCACUGUCGUGUGUCGCGGUGGCGUCACAUGCCGCAUUUCCUUUCUGUGGGGUGUCUGCAGAAACUGGGGCGCACACAGACAACGGUAUCAGAAUUGAGGCGUGGGGGUUAGGCUGCAUGAAAUGAAUUCCAAUAUUUUGAAACUAGAAAGAUGGGUUCUUCCCAUGAAGUGAUAUCUGCAUUCAAAAGAAGAGCAAAGGUGACCUUGGGACCGGAGGGAAGAGGAGUCAGGCAAGGUCAGCGUGAGGCUGGGGGCGGGGAGAGCAGAGUGGAGGGCCAGCUCCGACUUGGGGACAGCCAGUUCCGUCUUGGGCACAGCGGAGAGACUGCGCUGGCUGAACACAUAAUCAUUUCAGGACUUUUCAUUUGUACUUAGACUUUGGCUUGUAGAGAACUAUUUCCUUUUUCUUCCUCCCUGGGUUUCAGCCCUGAGUCUCCGCCCAGCUAUCAGCAGGGAGAGAGUCCCCAAACAAGUGGCUGGUACUGGGGAUAGAUUUGUGUUAAUUGUAUCCAGACUGUUCUACCCAGUCUCUCUUGUGAUUAUGGGCAGGAAAUUCCAAGACAGACGGUUCGCUUUCUCCACAUGCUGUGUGACAAUGGAAAUGAGCAAAGGUCCCGGACCUAUGGGAGGACUGAGAGGGGACGGUGGCCUUGUUAACCCUCGGCUCUACCUGACUGGGUUGGUGCUGGGUAAGGUAAUUUGACGUGUCAGAGCAAACAUGUGGCAAGACCACGCCUACAAAAACAACUUGAUUUCCAAAAUUCUGAAAUAUGAAAGAUUUUUUUCUUUAAGUGGAUAGAAGUCAGGGAAAACUUUAUGUCUCUUAAACUAGCAGGAACACUUGGCGACUUUGCUGUCAGCUUAAGAGUGUGUUGAUAAAUUUAAACAGGACUCUUCCUGUUUUGGAGAACCUAAAAAUCACCAUGAAAUGAUUAGCAGAAUAUUUAUAGAGAACUAAUGCUUCGGGAGAUGUCUGAAAUAAAAUAUAUGUUUGGGUUUGUGGAAAGUAAAAUAUUAUGACAAUCUCAGAAAAAUUUUUAUUGAAGACUAAGUACCCACAGUGAGAAAAGGCAUGCAUAUUUAUUGAGCAUCUACUAUCUGCUGAGAACUUUAUAUACAUUUCUCACUUUAACCCCAGUGCAACCUUGGAGGUAGGUUCCAUCCACGUUUCCCAGAAGAAGGUAAGCAGGCUCAGAGUGUUUCAGUAAUCGCCAAGGUCUGACGCCCGCAACUAGUGGAACUGAGGUUUGACGCAUCCCAUCAAGCCAGUUACCCACUGCACUUUAGCCACACAACAUAGAUUCUAGACUCCUUCCACCUUGCGGCUCUACUGUAAUCUCCUCCCCUCUUAAAUUCCCCCAGCAGCCAUUGCCUAUAGAACCACAUGUUGACUGACACAUACUACUUUGCGAUGGGUUUCUAUUUUUUAACCCCUAUUUGAAAUUUUGUUAUUUCAUGUUUUACAUGUCCGUAUCUUUUCCCUUUAGUAAAUUAUAAGUCCUGAGAGGACAUUGACCUUGACUGUUGUGUCUCCCAGGGCAUUUUGUGAAUAAUCGAUGCUCAGUUACUACCUAUUGAUUUGAUUUUAAUGAGUGUGAGGGAGAUAAUGUCUUUGACGUAGUUGACCGGCAAUAAAAGUCAUAGCCAAAAUCAUCUUAAGGCAUUUAAGGUACUCUUCUUUGGGAUUUCUGGCAAUUCCCACACCCAUGUUGUUAGAGAUUGAGGGAGACUA